UUUAGCCUCGCCGUCUGAUACGAUCUUUAUAGGAUGUUACCCAUUGUGUUGGUAAAUUAGCCCUCCUCCCUCAUCGUCUAUCACGAUACCUCCUAUACCUCUUUCCAUCUCCCCUAUCUUGUCCUCUCCUUCUUCUACUCAAUUUACCCUUCUCCCAAUCCUCACUGAUUCCGUUUGUCUCCCCUGAGAAUCUCCAGGGUGGGUUGACCCCGGCGUGACAUCCCCCACUAGGGUUCAAAACAACUUCAAUCAAGGUCAACACACCCGAUCCCUCUGACUCCACUCAAUUCCCACAUCCCCAACUUUCGACAACGAGUAAACCACCGGUUGCCACCACCGAUCUGCUUCUCCCGAUCAACCCAUCCCCUCUGCGAUCUUUUUUACCCUCCCCAUUCCUGCCCGUCAUCUGACUCCGUCCUCUUCCCCGUCCUCUUCCCCGUCUUCUUUCCCCCCUCCCCAACUUGCCUCUGCAUCAGCAAUCUUUCGCCGGAUGAACUGCUUUGGGUGACCAUGCAACCCCAUUUUUUUCGUCCGUCGACGAGUUCCAGUCAGCCGGGCGUGCCCUAUGAAUUACCCCCCGUGCAGGCGGUGACUUCGUCGCCGAGUGCUUUCCACCCGGGCCCUCCUCCCCCAGCCGCCGCUCUGCUUUCCGCUCCGCCGAGCAGGCCUGACAGCGGUCUGAGGGUGGCCCAGAUUUUACAGCCCGUAGGGCAACCGGUGCCAAACCCCCCCCCUCCCCCGCCAAUCGGCUUCUCUCGCGCCUACGAAUCGAGCGGCUCCCCGGCGGAAGGCCACUCCAUCCUUCCCGAUGCCCCGUUCGGCGCAUCCGCAUCGCCCUCCGCCCUCCACUCCGGUGGCGGAGGACAUCAGAUGCAUCAUCCGCUGCAGCAGAAGCGCGCAUAUCGACAGCGCAGAAAGGACCCCAGCUGCGAUGCAUGCCGCGAGCGCAAAGUCAAGUGCGAUGCCUCCGAGUCCUCCAGCUGUACUGAAUGCACCAAUCGCAAGGUGCGCUGCCAGUUCACCAAGGAGACCAACAGGCGCAUGUCUUCCAUCAAACAAGUGCAAGAUCUGGAGAAGCAGCUCCUCUCGACGAAACAGCAGUUGCAGCAGCUACGCACAGGGAUGCUGAGGUCGGAUAAUAACGGUCUGAUGGAUCUCGGCAUGGACGGUGCCGCAGCACAACCGCAGCUGAAACUCCCCGAACUCGGCCACCGAUCCGCGCGACGGCCCCGCGCGCCCGUCCUGCAGGAUCUCUCCGCCGCGCGCGACAACAUGCGGAACUACGGCAGGGGCAUCUGGAAGGCGCCGACCCCGUACCGAGAACCAGGCCCGGAAUCCCUCCUGACCACCGAUCCGCCCCCGCUACCGUCCAAAGACCUCGCGGAUCGCCUCCUCCGCCAGUACCACGCCUGCGUGCAUGCGGUGCUCCCCGUGGUCCACUGGCCCAGCUUCACGGCCGAGUACGACCAGAUCUACAGCGCGGGUUCGCUGUCCGGGGUACGACGCGAUUGGGCGGCGGUGCUGUUCGCCAUCUUCGCCUGCGGCUCGCUGCACUCGCUGGAGACGGACCGGGAGCACCGCGGCAAGGAGUUCAUCCGCAUCUCGUGCGGCAUCAUCGACGUCUGGCAGGACCACUUCACCCUGGACCGGGCGCGCGCCGCCCUCCUCGCCAGCAUCUUCCUGUAUGAGGCGAACUCCAAGUCCGCGAGCUGGGUGUGGAUUGGGUCGGCGGUCCGCGUAGCGCAGGAGAUCGGCCUACACCUCGACUCGGGCCCCUGGCCCGCCCUCGAGGGCGAGAUGCGCAAACGAGUCUGGUGGGGCAUGUACGCCUGGGACCGACUACUCGCCCUUGAAAUGGGGAAACCAGUCCUAAUCAACGACCAAGACUGCGACGUCGACCUCCCCUGUCCCGUCGACGAGAAGUACAUCUCCGACGGCGGCGGAUGUCCCCCCGACAGCCAGCAAACAACGCCCCUCCUCGCAACCAUCCACGUCGUGCAAUCAAUCGGCCAACUCACGCGCACCCUGCGCAGCUCAACCAUCAGCCCGCGCACGCUCGAGACCUUCGAGCGCCACUUCAAAGCCUGCCUCGCGACCUUCCCCGCGCAAUACCACCCCGAAUCUGACCAGUACUUCGACCCGCGCUGCCUCGCCCCCAUGGUCUACCUCCAAAACGCGCGCUUCAUCCUCCACCGCCACAACAUCUCGCCCUUCUGCGCCCCCGACGUCCGCGCCGCCGCCCUCCACCACUGCGUCUCCACCGCCCAAGACACAGCCCACCUGCUCUCCCGCUGCAUGCUGCAAGCCACACCCCCAGCCAGCCCCGCCAGCGACGACCCCAACCCCGACUGGCGGCCCCUCCUCGCCUCCUCAGCAGGCACAAUGCUCUGCAUCCACAUCUGGCGCAGCAUCCUCGUCCUCCUCUUCCGCCAGGACUACGCAGCGGCCCUCGUCUGCGCGCAAGCCGGCUCCGCCGUCGGCGACGCCCGCGCCGUCAACGCCGCCUGCGGCCGCCACCUCGCUUUCUUCCUCCGCUGCCUUCUCGACCGGCUCCGCCGGUCUGACGUCGACCUCGACCGCGACGAGGAAAUGAUCGCUUACAUGUCGGGCGACAUGCAGGGCAACACCGACGGCAGCUGGAUCUGGCAGGGGUACGAGAAUGGGCCGGGUUCUGCUUCCUCUCCUUCGGUUGUUAAAUUCGAGCCUGGCUCGUCCCCCGUCGAUCACCUCCUUCAUCCCCCACAUGGAAGUCCAGUCGCUGAUGAACCUGCCGGAUGGGACUGGAUCGAGCAGACGGUGGGAUAUCUUUACACGGAGAGGCAGAAACAGCAACAGUUGCAGCAGCAGCAGCAACGAGACGAAUACGAGGCUCAGGCGCGCUCCCCGCCCUAUCUUAGCCCCGGGGCGACGGCAGUGACGGUGACUGCACCGACGGGUGCGUCAGAGUCUGUGCCGUCUAGCUCGUCGCAUUCGCGGAUGACGAUCGCUAGUAUUAUCUAGUGUCGUUAUCGGUCUUUGAAUGGAUGCAUGCAUGGAUGAUGCAUGGAUGAUGGAUAAGAUAGACGAUAUGAGCAUGAGCAUGAGAUACGGGUUACGAUUUUUGGAGCGUUGUUUGUGUAUAUAUUGUAUAUUUG